AUGGAUUUUUCAAAUUACUCAACGCAAAUAGAAAUUACAAAGAUUUGUCGUAUAUGCUUGCAAAAAGACCAAGACACCAUAGAUUUGUUUUCUGAAGACAAAAAUGCAAAAGAAAUAUUAGAUAAGAUAUAUUUAUGUUUCCAACUAACUUUAAGUUUUGAUGAAGGGUUUCCUUCCGCUAUAUGUGUUAAUUGCAUAAAUGAAUUAAAUAUUGCCCAUAAUUUUCGUAAAAAAUGUGAAACUUUUCAUAAUCGUUUUGAUAUUCUUAUGCAACAUAAAGUAAUUGAAGUCAAAUUAAACAAUGCAAUUGAUAAAUUCGAAAGUACUGAGAAUUUUACAGGGUUUGAACAUGAAUAUGAAGAGGUUGAUGAAGUUCCAAUUGAAAGAAAUUAUGACUUAGAAAAUAUUUAUAAUAAUGGCUUUAUGUGUUCCAUAUGUAAUAAGACUCUUAAAUCAGGAGCUUCAUUGCUUAAGCAUCAAAUUUCCAUGCAUCAGAAGAGGAAACAUCAUGGUAAAGUCUCUGGUUUUGGUAUAGAUCGUCGGUAUCAUUGCACUAAAUGUUCAUACAACACACCACAUAGUCAAACUUUAGUUAAUCAUAUGAGAAAACACAGUGGAGACCGUCCAUUUCAUUGUGAAUGUGGCAAAAGCUUUACUCAGUCUGCUAGUUUGAAUGCACAUCGUAAAACACAUAGUAAUGCAACAUACUUUACUUGUUCAAUGUGUGGGAAGCAAUUCAAGCAUGCAUUUUCUUUGAAAAAGCACUUAGAUGUUCAUGAAAUAGGUAAGUUUAAUUGCGACAUAUGUCAAAAGCAGCUGAAAUCUAGGCAGACUUUGCAAGAUCACAUGUAUCGCCAUUAUAAUAUACGAAACUAUAAUUGUGAAGAUUGUGGCAAAACAUUUGUGACAUGUUCUGAAUUACUUAAUCACAAAAGGAAACAUAACGUUAUUAAAAGAGUAGAAUGUCACCUCUGUGGAUACAAAACACAUACAAAAAAGAGCUUAAUUAUUCAUUUGAAAAGACAUACAGGAGAUAAAUCUUAUAAGUGUGAUAUUUGUCAUGUAUCUUUUUUCACAAAUGGUGAUUUACAACGACAUAAGCGAGUACACACAAAGGAUAAACCAUUUCCCUGCCCCGCUUGCACUCAGAGAUUUACACACAGCACUAGUUUGAAUAAACAUAUGAAAUCAAUGCAUGGAAUAGAUUGCAAAUGGGCGGAUAUUAAAAUAAAAGACUCAAGUAAAGAAAGUAUUAUAAUAAAAAUAGUGAAAGAUGUAAAUAAA